GUGUUCUUGAGUUAAAACGCGCCAAUGCCUCGUCGCAGACCGACAAGAUCGACGAGCUCAUCAGGCUUACCCGUGAAGAGGCGCAACGACGGCAAGCAUCAGAUGCAGAACUGGCAAAAUGCUUCACGCCGAUCAAAAUGGAAGAUUCAAUCCGACCUCUCCACCCAGAGGAACGCGUCGCGCACCUGGAGAAAGAGAAAGCAGCCCUGGAGAAACGGGUCCAAAACGCCGAACAUGAACGAGCUCUCCUCAACCAUAAGUGCGCAGAUGUUUUCCGUUCUGAGGCGUCAAUUCUGGCGGCGGAAGCCCCACUCUAUCCGCCGAAUACGAUUCUUUUCGACGAAGGCUUCGUCCCGCGGCCUACAGCAUGUACAAACACGAAGACCUGGCUCGGUGCCAUACCCCAGGAAGCCAGCGGUGGCAGAACGCUUUUCUUCCUUCCUCGGCCACCGAACUGCCUCCCUAUUCGCGUCCCUGGUUGGGCCAAGUCAGGGUACUGGUUCCAUCCAGAAGGUGCGAUUGUGGGAGAGCGGGAAUUUGAGCUCAUCAUUGAGACGAAGCAUAAUGAGUGGUGCUACGUAGGUCGCUAUCGCAGCACUCCGGUCUCUGGCGGCAACAUGCAGUUAUCCGAGUGGAUAGAGAUUGACGAGGCGACGAAAGUGCAUUAUGUCGGACGAGUGCAGUCGGAGGUAUUUGGGCAGUCCGGUCUCCCUGGAAUCGGCCAGAUGACUGUACAGGCUAUCCGGAAGAACUACGACACAGGUGUAUGGAGCAUUCCGUGUUACAGUCUGCAGUGCGUCGGAUACAGCAGAGCGCUGUAUGCUGGACUGCAAUUUGCAUCCAGAAAGACCGCGACCGUGGCAGGUUAACAUAGCUGCUAGACUAUCCAGACCUCAAAAGUAGCCGGGGGGUGAUGGUUCGCUCAGUAGGACCGUUUGCCAAAUGCUUUGAUUGCUAUUUCGUGACGACUAUCUACUACAAAACAUCUGAGAGUUCCUGCUGUCAUGUCGCUGUGCCAUAUUGCUU